AAAACUACGUUCAAUUGAGUGAAAUUAAAGAUUUUUUUUAUAAUAAAAAAUAGUUUACGUCCUAAAAAGUAAAUAAAUACGGUGGGAGAUGGAUAGUAAAGGUCGGAAUGUAAUUGUAUGUGAUAAUGGAACCGGGUUUGUUAAGUGUGGAUAUGCCGGAAGCAACUUUCCAGCCCACAUCUUCCCCUCAAUGGUCGGGAGACCCAUAAUUAGGGCCGUCAAUAAAAUAGGAGACAUUGAAGUGAAGGAUCUAAUGGUGGGUGAUGAAGCAAGUCAAUUGCGUUCACUACUCGAAGUGUCGUACCCAAUGGAGAAUGGUGUGGUACGAAAUUGGGAGGAUAUGUGUCACGUGUGGGACUACACGUUUGGUCCGAAGAAGAUGAAUAUUGACCCAACAAAUACAAAGAUACUCCUCACGGAGCCACCAAUGAAUCCCACGAAGAAUCGUGAGAAGAUGAUUGAGGUGAUGUUUGAGCAAUAUGGCUUUGAUUCCACCUACAUUGCCAUCCAAGCAGUGUUGACGCUCUACGCUCAGGGUCUUAUUUCGGGUGUUGUAAUUGAUUCUGGAGAUGGUGUGACGCAUAUUUGUCCUGUCUACGAGGAAUUUGCCCUUCCGCAUCUCACACGACGUCUUGACAUUGCUGGGCGAGAUAUAACGCGCUAUCUCAUUAAAUUGCUCCUACUUCGAGGAUAUGCAUUUAAUCAUUCAGCAGAUUUUGAGACUGUGAGGAUGAUGAAGGAGAAACUGUGCUACAUUGGGUACGACAUUGAGAUGGAGCAACGCCUGGCGCUGGAGACGACUGUACUCGUGGAGUCGUAUACACUACCGGAUGGGCGUGUAAUUAAGGUGGGCGGGGAGCGUUUUGAGGCUCCUGAAGCUCUCUUCCAGCCGCAUUUAAUCAAUGUCGAAGGUCAGGGUAUUGCCGAAUUGGUAUUUUCAACAAUUCAAGCCGCUGACAUUGAUAUGAGGUCAGAGCUGUAUAAGCACAUUGUUCUAUCCGGUGGUUCGACAAUGUACCCUGGGCUACCUAGUCGCCUGGAGCGCGAGAUUAAGCAGCUCUAUCUUGAGAGAGUGCUCAAGAAUGACAUCGAUAAGCUUUCGAAAUUCAAAAUACGCAUUGAAGAUCCACCACGACGAAAAGACAUGGUCUUCAUUGGGGGUGCUGUCUUGGCGGACGUCACAAAGGAUCGGGAUGUCUUCUGGAUGUCCAAACAGGAGUACCAGGAGCAAGGGUUGAGAGUUCUGCAGAAGCUAAGCAAAAAGCAGUGAAGCGAAUAAUGUAGGAUUUCUCCCGUAUCUUCCGCCAACAACCCAGCUUAUAAUCCACGUGUUUUUCAGCAAUCUUUAGUGGCAUUUUUUCAAGAGAGAAAAAAAAAAAGAUUUAUGCAAAGUAUAUAUUAAAAAAAAAGAAGUUUGUUAUUUAUUUUCCAGAAAAUCCAGCAUGGUGAGAAAUUUUAAAAUGUAAAAUCAUUCCGACUGGGAAGGACUUGUGUAAGAUUUUAAUUUUAAAUAAAAAUAUAUUAAAAUUA